AUGGGCUCACCAUACUCGAAGUACGGCUCGCACGGGCUGCUUGCCAACCCAGAAAUGCAUGGUGACCUGGAGACGUGGCUUUUUAACGGGCUCCUGCUUCGCGUCAUUGACACAAGCACCGGCACGUGGGCCUUCUUCAACAACUCCAAGGACUACGAGUUUCACAUCACCUACCUGCUCAACGCGGACAGCAUGGUGGAGCCGCUGAACAAGACCACCAUCGAGGUCCAGGACGACGGCAUCCUGUGCGAGAUGAUGGUGUACCCGCUAGAGACGCAGCGGUUCAUCGUCGGCGAAGUCACCGGCUACGAGAGCAAAAUCGAGGCCCUUCCCCUCUCGGACGACUACCUGCAGUCCCACCCAAACAUCGACGAGCGCGCGUACUGCCGCCGCCUCGUGCCCCCCAGCGCCUCCCAGUUUUAG